AUAUUGAAAAUGUCAACAAAUCAAUAUCAUUCCAGCAAUGACAUGAUUAUUGUUUAAAGGGAAUUUUACCAAAACCAUUCGCAUGUCUUAUAAAGUCAUCUAUUCAAACUUCGAUGAAAAAAAUCUGCCAAAUGUUUUACCAACUUCCCUUGUAUGUUCCCUUUAACAUUAGAAUCAUUGCAAUAAUUCUUUCAGUGGUUCCAUCAAUUUUUUCAGCAGAUGAUGCACGAUACAUACAGUGUGGUCACCAGUUUCAGUGUGGGGGCAUGAAAAAUAUUAGCUAUCCCUUCUGGGGUGAUCCUCAACCAUACUACUGUGGUCUCCCAGAAUUCAAACUCGAGUGCCAAGGCCAAUUCCCUACAUUAAAGAUCCUGUCACAAACAUUUCGAGUCUUGAUUAUAGAUCACGACAACCAAGUUUUGAGGCUAACCAGAUUGGACUUGUACAACAAUACUUGCCCCUCUGCGUUCAUGAAUACCACAAUUAGUUACCUAUUCAGUUACACACCCAAUUUUGGGAACCUGACUAUGUUCUUUGGAUGUUCGUCUAUCAGUGCAGCAUUAGCCUCCAAUAAGUUCCGUUGUCAUGAGAAUGGCACCUUGGUUGAGAAUGGCUAUUUCACAAUUGGAUCUAUGCCAACUGAUGGAGAUCUUGGAAACUGCACGACCAGUGUUACAGUCCCCGUGCUCCAAACAGCAGUAAAUGCUCUUAGAAAUAACUUAACAUCAAUUGAUCGGGUUCUAAAUGAUGGAUUUGAAAUACACUGGAUCACGGAUGACACAGCAUGCAUAGAGUGUGCAGGAUCUGGUGGGAGAUGUGGAUACAACUCAAGUUAUUUUAAACCUAUAUGUUUCUGUCCCGAUAAAGCUUACUUGAUGAGAUGUCAACUCCCACCAGGAAACCAUGCGAAUCUCAGGGUUCGAAUUUUUAUAGCUGCAUCCGCGUUUGGAGCUGGCAUUCUUUUGGUGAUAUCUAUUCUAUGUGUUUGCUUCAGAAGGAACUACAUUGCAAACAUAUGUGGGCCUUUCAGGAGGAAGAUAGCAAAGAAAUCUGAAAAUUUAGAAAAUAUUCUAGAGAAAUGUGGACCCAUGGCACCAAAGAGAUAUCGCUAUUCAGAUAUAAAGAAAAUGACUGCAUCUUUUAAGGACAAAUUAGGACAGGGAGGCUAUGGUGUUGUGUAUAAAGGGAAGCUGCAGGACGGUUGUCUGGUUGCAGUAAAGGUUCUGAACGAGUCCACGGCAAAUGGAGAAGAAUUUGUAAAUGAAGUUUCCAGCAUUAGCAGGACUUCACAUGUGAAUAUUGUCACACUUCUUGGUUUUUGCUUUGAGGGGUCUAAACGAGCACUCAUAUAUGAGUUCAUGCCCAAUGGAUCUCUUGACAACUACAUAUAUGGAAGGGAAAAGAAAAUUUCACCUAUAGGAAGGGAAAAAAUAUAUCAUAUAGCAAUCGGUAUUGCUCAAGGACUGCAAUAUUUGCAUCAUGGGUGCAACACACGAAUUCUUCAUCUUGAUAUAAAACCUCAAAACUUCCUUCUAGAUCAAGAUUUCUCUCCAAAAAUAUCAGAUUUUGGCCUCGCCAAACUAUGCCUUGGGAAUGAGAGCAAUAUGUCAAGGCUAGGUACUAGAGGAACCGUAGGAUAUAUUGCACCAGAAGUUUUCUCUCGAAACUUUGGUGUUGUGUCCUGCAAGUCAGAUGUAUAUAGCUAUGGCAUGAUGAUUUUAGAAAUGGCUAGUGGGAGAAAAAAUAUUGACACAGAAUUUGGCCAUAGCAGUGAAUCGUAUUUCCCUCAUUGGAUCUACAAUUGUCUUUUGACAGAUCAAGACACAAAAUUGCAAUGUACAGUGGAUAAAGCAGCAGAAGAAAUUGCAAGAAAGAUGAUUUUAGUAGGUUUGUGGUGCAUACAGACAGACCCAGCAAAUCGCCCAUCCAUCGAUAGGAUGCUGGAUAUGUUACAGGGAAGCCAUGAAAUUCUACAGAUUCCACCAAAGCCUUUUCCUUCUUCUCCCAACAGAAAACUACACAGCGCUACCACUCCCAGUAUGCUCAAGUCUUCCACAGAUUGACAGCACUUCUUUUGCGUGUGUACUACUUCUAUUUUCAUUUUAGACCAAGAAGUGAUAGGUCUGUAGAUUUAUUAAGCAUUGUAAAAAUUGGUACUAAAAACUGUACUGUAAGAAGCAAGAGGUGACUAUUAACUUUAUUUUGUUUACCCAGGUGAAAGAAAUGAACAUUUUAUGACAAUAAAUUUUACCAACUUGUACAUAAAUUUAAUAUUGAAUGUCAAUGGCUAGGGAAAUACACAAGAAAUUCAAAAGCUGCUCAUUACUCUCCAAUUUGUUGUCAUCAUUGUCAGUAGAUAAAUAAAAAAAUAAAAA